GAAAGUUCAAAUUGGAGCACCCAUCAAAUAAAUUAGAAAAGAAGAAGAAAAACAGGGCGAAGAGAAGCGUGUGUGAUUUAUUUAGAACGAAGGCAAAAUCGAAGACGAAAAGACCUUUACUACAAGAACCCAACUCGUUAGGGAGUUUCUCCAUUAAAGGCUUCUCGGAAAUGGAGGGAUUCAAAGCAUCCAUCACUUUCCAAUUUCAGCUUCUGGUUGUUUCUCUCUGUCUUUUCACCUUCUCUUCCACUCUCGAGAUCGGAGAAACUUGCUCCUCCGGCGACAAAUGCGAUUCCGGUCUCAUAUGCGAUACUUGCCCUGCAAAUGGAAAUACCAGACCCAGAUGUACUCGCAUCCAGCCAAUUAGUCCAACAUCCAAGGUAAAAGGGCUGCCAUUCAAUCGUUACUCUUGGCUUACGACUCACAACUCCUUCGCUCGUUCCGGCGAGAAACCGGCGACGGGAUCGAGCAUAUUGGUGGCGCCCACCAAUCAGGAAGAUACGGUCACCAGUCAACUUAACAAUGGAGUUCGUGGGCUAAUGUUGGAUAUGUAUGACUUUCAAAAUGAUGUUUGGUUGUGCCACUCCUUUGCUGGUCAAUGUUUCAAUGCCACUUCUUUUCAACCGGCAAUCAAUGUGUUGAGAGAAAUUGAGAAAUUUUUGGGAGCAAACCCAGAAGAGAUUGUCACGAUCUUCAUAGAAGACUAUGUGAAGUCUCCACAAGGCUUGAGCAAGGUGUUCAAUGCUUCUGGACUGAACAAGUACUGGUUUCCUGUUUCCAGAAUGCCCCAAAAGGGUGGGGAUUGGCCAACCGUCGAUGAUAUGGUAAAGCAAAACCAGAGACUCGUAGUUUUCACCUCUAAACAAUCGAAAGAGGCCUCAGAUGGCAUUGCUUAUCAGUGGCGCUAUGUUGUCGAAAACCAAUAUGGGGACGGAGGAAUGAAGCCUGGAUCUUGUCCAAACAGAGCAGAGUCGCCUCCAAUGGAUACAACAACCAUAUCCUUGAUUCUCAUGAACUAUUUUUCUACUAAUCCCAACAGAACAGCCGUUUGCUCGGAUAAUUCGGCUUCAUUAAUUAGCAUGAUGAAUACUUGCCAUCAAGCAGCCGGCAAAAGGUGGCCAAAUUUCCUUGCUGUUGACUUCUAUCAGAGGAGUGAUGGUGGAGGUGCUCCAGAAGCUGUGGAUGUAGCCAAUGGCCAUCUGACUUGCGGGUGUAAUAAUAUUGCCUAUUGCAAGGAAAAUACAACAGGCGUAUGUGAUAACCCACCGAUUUCUCCCCCUCCACCGGCCGCCUUGGAAAGUCCAGUGCAAGGUGCGGGAGAUUCCGGUGACGCACACUUAAAUGGCAGACCAGCGGAGCUCAGGUGGUUACUUGGAGCAAUUUUGGGCGUCACACUGUUAUUACGCCUCCAUUAGUCGUUAUUCGGAUAGUCUAUCUUCUCUCCGAUGAUAUUGACAACCAAUUUGUUGGUUUCAAUCUCCUUGCUACGUAUGGCAAUUAUAAUGUUCAAAUAAAUACGUUUGAGAAUGCUUCUGAAAGUAGUCUUAUUUUAUACGAGAUGUUUUCAAUUAUGCAUA